AUGACGACAUUUUCUAGCCGACGAAACGUCAGACCCAGCGCAGUCGAUCUAUUUACAGGGUUGUACAGCGGUAACCCCAGCUUCAAAUUGGACAGGCUCUGGGAAUCAUGUCUAGUCGAGAACCCCCCUGGAAAGAUCGUGUAUAACAAGAAUCCGAACAGAAUAUGGGAAGUUGACGGAGCAUCACGACAGGUAAGGGUCGCGUUACUCUCGUUCCUCUUCAUCGACAUGAGCAGACCCGUUAUCAGCUUUACUGUCAAAAUCUAUCCCUGUUUGGCAAACUGUUCAUUGACGAAAAAACCUUAUUCUUCGACCUCGACGAUUGCAAGUCUGCUUUACUGCCCCCUCAGCAACCAUGAAACGAUCCAGCUAGCUGACUGCUUGCUAUCAUCAUCUAGGAAAAAGCCUCUCAAGAUGGCCAUAAUCUCGCUUGCCUUGCAGUGUUUCCUCCGUACCAGCGUCAAGGACUGGGAACCCUGCUCAUUGAAUUUAAUGCGUUCUGGCCCUUCCCUCAUUGGAACCACAAUCCAGCGCUCUCCAGCGACCAGUGAGAGUCGUUCAUGGUGCGUAGACCAAGACCUCGCUAGCAGAUACAGGCUCGAUGUCAUUCUACCAGGUAUCCAUAGAGAAUUCUCCGCAGGACGAGAUGGACCCCACGUCAAUAUCAGGUGUACUCUUGCUGACAUCGCAAAGGGAGCCAACUUGGAGGUUCAGGACACUCUUUUUGCACUGAAUGAAUGCGGGCUACUGACACGGCGAAUGGAAGUCAACCAAACCGUGGAAGAGAUCGUCAUAACAAGCGAUAUGGUGGAGAAGGUUGCGCGUGAACGGGGAGUGAAGCCAAUGAGGAUAGAUCUACACCAUGUUUACGUUUAG